AUGGCGAGCGUUCGCCUGCUGCCUAUCCCGAAAGGCACCGUCUCUGUACAGCUUCUGGACCCGCUGCACUAUGAACACUUCCACACGGCACUGUCCAGGCUUUUAUCGACAGACAUCGCAAAGGAGACGCUGUCCCAGUUGAUGGAUGGCUUGCCUCUUUUCGACGUGCUUGUUGACACGGCUGGCGUUAACAACCUCGAAGAUGCACCCAUACUCGAACAUACGCAGCUGUGCCCAGGUGCUGUGGAACUUGCGGAUGAAUUCAUCGCCACGUUCAACGCCAACUUGCUCUUAUUCGAUGCAACUCUCCUGCAAGCUUUUCAGAAUUCCGAGCUCGGCUCAGACCAGUUUUUGUUCCGGUUGCUUGAGCUUCUCGCUCGCGCUGUACACUGCAUCGCAGUCAGCAUCCAGGCCACCGCGCCAAAGUGCCACGUCGGUGAUAUUGAAGCGGCUACAAACUAUCAUGAGCCACCGGCAAUGAUCCCAGUAGGGAGAAAUAUCCGGGCGUACCCGUCACCGCCGCCGCAUGGGAAUCUCUUCUUCCACCGGGGAUACAGAGCCCACGAGCAGUACCCUUAUGGCAAAGCGGACAUGGCCGGGUUCUGGGCUGAGGAUAGAAUAUUUGGUGGUGUUGUCCUCUUCGACAGAGGCGCAUCCGGAACAGAGGCAAACAGUGUUUGGCUCCAUUCCGGUCGAAUGUUCUGGACCAAACGAAUAUGGAAGCCUCUUGACUGGCAACUGCGAUCCAUACACAAGUUCUUUGCUGGCAGCAGUCUAGAGGCCAUCUCCAGCGAGGCUGACGAGCGGGAAAAGAAGCUUUCACCAAAACUACUACGCGAUAUGGGAAAGAAAUGGAAGAUGACGUUUCCCUUCUUCUGCGAGAUCGACAACCUUGAGCGGUACGACGACUGGGACGCAAUAGCAUAUCACAACAUCUACAGAGACCCCUGGGAGCGUCGCAUACCGCCGACGAAACCGAUAAUGUGCACGCAAUCCACGUUUGACUACCCUGAACUGCUCCCUAUGGUGGAGGCCGUUGUUAACGACCCCGCGCCAGCGACCGUUCCGACGGUGGAGGAUCUGUAUUUUCCUCUAUUCCUCACCAACAAAACGGAAGAAGGCUCGGUACAAGCAAGCAUGUCUGCCACGAGCUUGGAAAAGACGACAUCGGAACCCAGUGGGGCUGCAACCGGAGCGCAACCGGACAGCGAUGACUCCAGUAGCCAACAGUCCAGCCGCAGCAGUAGGAACAGCAGCCCGCCGGCAUCGUCUGUCUGGGACAGCCCCAGCCUCAAGGCUGCCUUGCCAGAGCAGCAGCUGAGCACUGAUGCAUCCCGGAAUGCAGACGGCGUGGGGACUGAAUUGACAGAGAAGUAG